GGAAAAGAGUGCAAAUUCGGAAAGCACCUCAAGCUGUCUCAGAUGCAGUGCCUGAGAGGAAAAGGUCAACCCCUAUGAACCCUGCAAAUACAAUUCGAAAGACACAUGGCAGCAACAGUGUAUCUCAGCGGCCAUAUAGGGACAGGGUGAUUCACUUACUGGCGCUAAAGGCCUACAAGAAACCUGAGCUGCUUGCUCGACUGCAGAAAGAUGGUGUCAAUCAAAAAGACAAGAACUCCCUGGGAGCAAUUCUGCAACAGGUAGCCAAUCUGAAUCCUAGGGACCUCUCCUAUACUUUAAAGGAUUAUGUGUUUAAGGAGCUUCAACGAGAUUGGCCAGGAUACAAUGAAACAGACAGACGGUCAUUGGAGUCAGUGCUCUCCAGAAAGCUGAAUACGCCUCAGAAUGCUGCUGGCACCAGCCAUUCAGAAUCUCCCAUCUGUUCUAGCAGAGACACUGCGCCAUCUCCUCAGAAACGGCCAUUGGAUUCAGAUUUCAUUGAUCCUUUAAUGAAUAAAAAAGCUCGAAUAUCUCACCUUACAAAUAGAGUACCGCCGACAUUAAAUGGUCAUUUGAAUUCCACCAGUGACAAAUCUGCUGCAGGCCUCCCGCCGCCCCCUGCAGCUGCUGCUAUCUCCACCCCCCCACCACUGCCUUCAACCCACCUGCCUGUCUCCAAUCCUCCGCAGACUGUAAAUUCCAACUCCAACUCCCCUAGCACUCCAGAAGGCCGGGGGACUCAAGACCUACCUGUUGACAGUUUCAGUCAAAAUGGUAGCAUCUAUGAGGACCAGCAAGACAAAUAUACCUCUAGGACUUCUCUGGAAACAUUACCCCCUGGUUCAGUUCUACUAAAAUGUCCAAAGCCUAUGGAAGAAAACCAUUCAAUGUCUCAUAAGAAGUCCAAAAAGAAGUCUAAAAAACACAAGGAAAAGGACCAAAUAAAAAAGCAUGAUAUUGAAACUAUUGAGGAAAAAGAAGAAGACCUUCAAAGAGAGGAAAUUGCCAAACUAAAUAACUCCAGUCCAAAUUCCAAUGAAGAAGUUAAAGAGGAUUGUACUGCCUCCAUGGAGCCUUCUUCAACAAUUGAACUCCCAGAUUAUUUGAUAAAAUAUAUUGCAAUCGUCUCCUAUGAGCAGCGCCAGAAUUACAAGGAUGACUUCAAUGCUGAGUAUGAUGAGUACAGGGCUUUGCAUGCCAGGAUGGAGACUGUAGCCAGAAGAUUUAUCAAAUUGGAUGCACAAAGAAAACGCCUUUCUCCAGGCUCAAAAGAGUAUCAGAAUGUUCAUGCAGAAGUCUUACAAGAAUAUCAGAAGAUCAAGCAGUCUAGUCCCAAUUACCAUGAAGAGAAAUACAGAUGCGAGUAUCUUCAUAACAAGCUGGCUCACAUCAAAAGACUAAUAGGUGAAUUUGACCAACAGCAAGCAGAGUCAUGGCACUAGAACUCUGCUUAGACCAGAAGAUGUGAAUAAACUUAAGCUUAUUUAUUUAAAAUUCCAAAUGAGUUGCUCUAGAUUCUAAAAAGAUGAAACUUUGCCUGUGAGAAGUUUCAGUAUUAGUAAACUUGAGUUACUUUUUUUUUUUUUUUUCAUUUUACUUUGCUUCCCUGCAUUUUGAAGCUGUUUUUUUCUGGUCCUUUUUUUCCUCUUUCAAGACUUGUGUUUGUUAAUAGAAACCUUUUAUUAGACAUUGGGGAUCCAAUGUCUAUACUUCAAAUCAAUUUUUUUCCUUGAAAACUUGUGUUUGUCAUUAGAAAUGAUUUUUUAGAUAUUGGGGAUCCAAUGUCCAUACAAAAGUUGCGUGUAUUUAAAAAAAAAAACAGUAAUGUGCAAGUGAAAUGCUUUUGGAUAAACAUAAGCCUAUUUUCUGACUUUUCUUAAUGCGAACUCUUUGCCUUAAAUGGUAGAAUAUUUAGAUAUUUGCACAAAAUACAAAAAAAAUUAAAACAUUGUUUUGGAGGGUUAAAGUAUAGCAAGUUGUGUGAGUAUGUGUAUAGAUUUUAUACACAUAUGUAUAUAAAGGCUGAUUUGAUCUAGAAUAUUAAAUCUGCUCUGCAAGUUAACCCCCACUGCAAUGAUUGCCUUAAGGUGUUUGCUAGUUGUGUGCAUAGUGUGGUUAAUUAGCUACACAGCUUCCCAGUGAUUAAAGCAAUGGGAAGCACACUGUGGCCUACCAGCGUCUGAAAGCGUGUGCUCUACCUGUAUGUGUGCAGAGGUGACAUGGAUGUGAGCGUGCGUGGAGGAAAAAAGCUGCUACUCUCAGUAGGCCAAACGCUCAGGUUAAACAACUGAUGAGUGUUACUGUAGGUUUGUUUGGGUUUUUUUGUUUUUUUUUUUUUUUUCCUGUCAAAUUGCUACUUCUAUUGUGGAAGACAAAAGCAUUUCCAUUUCAACAGUUUGUCAGCUUUAUUAAUGUUGGGCAAAAAUUGAUAUGCUAUAAAAAUGAAAGAGAUCUAUAGUUUUGGGGCGAAAUUAUAAAAUUAAAUGUGUAGGUAACCUAUUUAUAUACUGCUAUAAAGUAUUUUUUGAAGAGAGAUAUGCAAAGAAGCUAUUACCUACAUGAAAUGUAUAUUUAAAGAUUUUUUUUCAUCCUGGAUGCCAGGAAUAUAAAAAGAGUGGAUAUAUUUAACCAUACAUACUGUGAUUCAUCAAACAGCACAAACUUUCAUUUCAUGGAGUUUAUCUGUUGACUUUGAUUUAAACUAUCACUUGUUUUAUCAUGUGGGAACAUAAGUUAUGUGGUCAAAAAUACAAGGCAUUUGAUUCAAGUUGUGUUGUCGUAUCAUAUUGUCUUUUCAGAGUGCUGCCAGUUGAAAAGGGAAGCAUUAUGUUUACAAAUCUGUUUUAAAAUGUUUGCCAAAAUUUUGGUAGUAUCUUUAAUAAAGAUGUUUGUCUCCAGCAUCCA